AUGCCCCUCGAGCAAGCGCAGAAGUCUCCGGUCCGGUCCUCUCCCCUCGAGCCCCCAUACCCAUGGGCCGACGAGCUGGUGGAGAGGCCGGACCAGAACUCGGAAGAUAAUGUCACCGCACAACCCACCGGGGGCAAUAACCACCAGGAUGGGGGUGUACUCGGUGAUCGAGGAAAGGACCGUGUCCCUUCCAUCCUCGUCGCCAGUACGCAGAGGCGGAUGGCCGCCCCCGAAUGGCAAGCCGCCAAUCAAGACGCCAGCGAUACUGCCGACUGGGAACAUGUCGGCCAGUCGUCCUCUCUUCCGCUCCGGUCGAAUAACCCGUUUCUAAAGCCACGAUCGGCUCAGCCGAACCCGUGGGAAGAUCAAGUCUCUCGGCCCCAGUCCGAUGCUUCAUCAUUCUCUCAGGGUGGUGCCAGUAGUCGAUUAGGACAAGACGAGGGAUACAUUCCGAUGACUGCUCGCCUGUCACUCUUUGAUACCCCGGAAAUGGAGUCCCCCUGGGCGGAUAUUCCCGGCCAAUACGAGCAUCCGUAUACUCCGAACGUGCCUUACGUCUCAGAGCAGGCUUACUCGCAUAGCAAUCCAUCUGUUGUGCCACCGGAGCCGUCUCAUUUGCAGCCCGACCAAGACCCUGGGAGGUUGGCUCCAGGACAGGGCACAAGCACCCCCGCAACUGUUUCGACUGCUACCAGCGGAUCCCAUGUCCUUAUUGAACUAGACGAGUCUUCCCAACCACAAACGACCAUGGAGACUAGUCGAUCUGCUUCCUCUGUUUAUGAUGCGCCCACCAGUGAGAGAGAACAGCCACAAGAACCACUACCGAGUGGCCAACAAACAGCUGCACCGCCGCUACCAGAUCGUUCAGCUGGCACCACUGCUCAUGAUGGUGUCGCUCAACCCGCGCCCACUGUUGCUAUCUCCGAAGCUGAGGCGGAGCAACAAAGGGAGAAAAGGGCUGAGACGUACUCCAUCAGAAAAGUCAAUUGGAUGGACUCUGCUGGGAUUCUGCGUGAGAGCCCUAUUCUGGUGCAGAACCAAAACGGGCCGUGUCCCUUAUUGGCCUUAGUCAACGCACUCGUGCUUGGUGCCAGCCAGGACGCUCAGCCGCCUAUCCUUAGAGCGCUACAGACGAGGGAGCAGAUAUCCCUAGGGCUUUUGAUCGAAGCCUUGUUUGAUGAACUGAUAACACGUCUGGGCCCAGAUGACCAGUUUCCAGAUAUCGAAGCACUUAGCCUCUUUUUAACGAUGUUACAUACUGGCAUGAACGUCAAUCCCAGACUCACUUUGGUACGUUCAACGAAUACGCUGCAAUUCCCUGGUUCUAAUGGUGAACAGGAGUCUGAGGAUGCCGUUGGGUCGUUCCUCGAGACUAGCGAUAUACGAUUUUAUGGAACCUUCGGCGUGCAGCUGGUGCAUGGGUGGGUUGCCACGCCUUCGUCAGAAGUCGAUGCAGCAAUGAAACGAUGUGCACAGUACCAUGAAGAUAUCCAGCUUUUGCCGUUCCGCAAACAAGAACUCGAAGACCGUGUCUUCCGUGGUGGAUCGCUUAGCCCGGAAGAAGAAACGAUGAUGAAAGAUAUUCAAACAAUCCAACAGUUUAUCGAGAUAGAUAACGCAACCCAAUUGAGUACAUUCGGACUCAAUCACCUGGCAGAGAAGUUGCCUGCAGGAACAUUCUCUAUUCUCUUCCGCAACGAUCACUUCUCGACGCUCUACAAACAUCCACAGACCCAUCAGCUAUUUACCCUUGUCACCGAUGCCGGAUAUUCUCAUCACGCGGAGGUCGUGUGGGAGAGUCUUGUGGAUGUCAACGGGGCCAACUCUGGAUUUUUCUCUGGCGAUUUCCGCCCCGUGGGCAAUGUUUCGUCGGAGACAUCCGAUCCGUCAGGUCCACGGACAUCCAGCAACACAGGACACUUAUCAUCGGGUACGAGUGAGCCGCGGCGCUUAUCUGCCCAGGAACAAGCGGAUGCCGACUAUGCGUAUGCCCUGUCCCUCCAAUACCAGGAGGAAGAACAGCGGACUCGUAACGGAGGACGUCGAGACUCUGCUCCGACCCAAGGGGCCGGAGUCCGCGCCUCAGAUCCAACGCCUCGGGUCUCACGCCACAGCCAGCCAUCUGGGCGCCGUAGCCGUUUGGCAGGGGAUGAUGACGUCCCGCCCCCUACCUAUGAACAAGCGGCCAAUUCGCCCGCUUAUCACGGACCCGAGAGAAGAACGCCGCAAGUGCCCCAUGCGAACUACACUUCUCCGUACCAGAGGGCACCGUAUGGGCGUCGCUCACAGGGAGCGCCCAUCUCUACCGGCCCGUCUGAACGCAUGAAAGAUCGGAAUAAGGACUGUAUUGUGAUGUGA